AUGGUUGAGGUCAAUGUAGACGAAGAUCUGAUGACCCUCUAUCCCGACCUCACUGUUUCCGUCGAUGUCACAACCAAAGUCUACACUAAGAAAGCUUAUGACAGUCAAAUGCAACAAUAUUUCUUCCGCGGUAGGUUGCCUACCAUGGAAUCGAGGUCAAUGGUGUGGUUGUAUUGGGGUACCAAGGAAGAUAUUAUCGAGAAAUACGUGAAGAACAAUGGCCAUGCUGGUCACACUGGAAAAUGCAGUAGAAGUUUCCGCAGCUGCGGCUAUGGAAUGUCCCACCAGCCAGUGCUUCGUCUGGUCAGACCUAUUGCAUUUUCCGUGGUGGAAUAA